UGGCACGCCCCGCCAUGGCGGCGGAGGGAGGGGACCCGCUGGGCUAUUUCGCAGCCUACGGCAGCUCCAGCUCCGACUCGGAGGCCGAGGAGCCCCAGCCCGACCAGCGCCCGGCGGGGCGAGGCGCGGCGGCGGGGGGGAGCCCGGGCAGGCGGCCGCGGCUGCCGCCGCCCGACGAACUCUUCCGCAGGGUGUCUCAGCCGCCCGCCUUCCUCUACAACCCGCUCAACAAGCAGAUCGACUGGGAGAGCCGCGUCCUGCGGGCGCCCGAGGAGCCCCCCCGGGAGUUCAAGGCGUGGAAGAACAACGCCGUGCCCCCGCCUGAGACCUACAGCCCGCCCGAGAAGAAGCCGCCGCCGCCCCCUGCCCUCGACAUGGCCAUCAGGUGGUCCAGCAUCUACGAGGACAACGGCGAGGACGCGCCGCGGCAGGGCGGGCAGGCCAGGGCGCUGCCGGACGAGGAGCUGGAGCUGCUGGCGUCGGAUGGUGAAAAAGAUGAUGAACCAGCUGCCACUAAGAAACGUAAACUAGACUCUGGGGAACAGACGAAGAAGAAGAAGUUAUAAGCAAGGCAUGCCAGAUGUAGCCAUAAUGAGAAUUUCAAUGGACUUGGAUUCCUCUCCUGGAAUGGGAAACAAAUACAUGUUUACUGAAUUUCUCUCUCGUGUCGGGUAGGGAAUUUUAUUUCUGUAGUAUGCUUGCCUUUUGGAAAGCACAAAAUUAAAUGGACGGUGUCGUGAUAGAAACUUGUCUACCGAGCAAAAUUCAAACCUGUUUAUUUAAAAUAGGGAUUUAGAAGAGGGAUUCAUUAUGAUGGUUACUUGCAUUCGUGCAGGUUGCGGGUCUUCAUGGUAUUUUGUUUACCAAGAAACCUGGUGGUAAUGUAAGCCUUUCAGGACUGAUUUUUCCAUUGUGUCAAAGCCUUUUAUAAAGGAGUAUAUACUAAAGAUUCUUUAAGUACUGUCCUGUGAUAUGUUUGCAUAAUGUUGUUUUGAAACGUAUGGAAAGAAUGCAGAUAGAUCACUGGAAUAAAACUACAUUUCGAAACAUCUGCGAUAAAAAUACUGCAUUGCAUGCUGGGUGAAUAGGAGGGAUGAGUUCCGUACUGUAUACAUUUCAGUGAUGUAUUUCUUAUGAUGCAACAGAUUCCUCAGGGUUUUAUUUUUAUUACAAAAUAAAUAUACAUCUGCGAACUGAAAAAAUGGGACCUAAUAAUGGAGUUUAAUAUUUGAUAAUAGUAAGUUCUGAUGUUGUGUGAUCUGCACCAGUGAAACAGGAGAUGCAGAAGAAUUAAUGCAGGAGGAGUUGAAGCAUUUAACAUAUUCUUCUUAAAAUUGAAAAUAGAAUCUAGAUAUAUGUGUGGAAAAAAAUUAUGACAAAGCUGUGAUAGAGUCCUUACUGCUGAAUUGUAUUUAUUUCAGUACAAACAGUUGGUAAUCUCCUUAAGUGCUCACUGGUAUUUGUUGCAUCUGUGCUAUGCUGCUGCUGCCCUGUGGAUUUUUGGGUCUGUGUAUUAAAAAGUACCAGUAACACU